CUGGCACAGGCCACACACCAUAGCGCCAUCCGGAACGAACCACGCUGUAACACAGCGAAGAAAUAACACUUGUUAUGAAAUAUUAGUGGACAGUGCGACGCCGCAGUGUACAGUCUAGUGUAGUUACAGCUUUAGUUAUGGUUCGAAAUUUAUUUUAUUGGCGGCUGUGGUGGGCUGUUCUGAUCCUGGGUUCGGUGACAGGCUACCCUCAGAAACCGCAUGUGGUCUUCAUAAUGCUCGAUGAUCUGGGUUGGAACGACGUGUCAUUCCACGGCUCCGACCAGAUCCAGACACCUAACAUUGACUCGCUGGCGUACCAGGGUGUCAUACUCCAGCAGUACUACAGUGAAGCUAUCUGCACACCAGCGCGAACUGCACUGCUCACCGGGAAAUAUCCCAUGAGAUUAGGAAUGCAAGGGCGUCCGUUAUCCAACUCGGAAGACCGAGGUAUACCGCUCACAGAACGACUACUCCCGUCAUAUUUGAAGAACCUGGGGUAUUCCACCCAUUUGGUAGGCAAGUGGCACGUGGGCAUGUCAAUGAACGAAUACCUGCCUACCUCCAGAGGAUACGACACUCACUACGGCAUGAGAGGAGGCUUCGUCGAUUACUACACGUAUAAUAAAGUCGAACCGGGUCCCGAUGGUCGAUUGAUGUUCGGGUUGGAUUUAUUCGAUAAUGAGAUACCGCAAGAUGAGGAACAGCGUUAUAUUGUCGACGCUUUAACUGACAGAGCCGUCAAAAUAAUAAACAGUCAUAACCUGUCCCAGCCAUUAUUCCUUCACCUGACACACAACGCGCCCCACGCAGGCAACAACGGCGGUCCCUUGCAGCCUCCUCUCUACGGUUCGGUGAAGAACCGUCACAUCGCCAACUCAGACCGACGGCUUUAUGCAGAAAUCGUCACGCAUGUUGACCGCAGCAUCGGUCGUUUAGUGAGGGCUCUAUCUGACAGACACAUUUUGGACGAAACAAUAAUAGUUUUUGUAUCAGACAAUGGUUCCCCGACAGUAGGGGAAUUCGCGAAUUGGGGAGUCAACUUACCUUUCCGAGGAAGGAAAGAAACUCCUUGGGAAGGAGCAGUUAGAGUACCUGCCUUUAUCUGGCACUCCUCAUUCAGACCGAGAGUGUGGAAUGGCCUCAUGCACAUCACUGAUUGGCUGCCGACCCUCAUUUCCGCAGCAGGAGGACAAAUCAACAAGGACAUAGACGGCAUCAACCAAUGGGAUUCUAUAGCUCAAGACGGGGAAUCACUACGGAAAGAAGUUUUGAUUGCCAUUGAAGAUGGUGGCAAUAAUGCAUAUGCUGCGUACAGAGCUGGUGAUUACAAAGUUGUAGUAGGCAAUGUGACCGGAAUGAACAACGGUUACUACGGUGCUGAGUAUAUGAUUAAUAAGCAACCGCCACCAGAAUAUUAUUCUUCGCUGAGGUCGUGUGAUGUCUCCAGAGCAUUGUCUUUUAUGGGUAAAUAUUUGGAUUACGAUAGUGUGGAUCGGAUGAGGAGGGCAACGGCUGUUAGGCAAGAAGAUUUGGUUACCGACCGUACGCCUUGUGAACCAACACCUACUCGCGGCUGUCUGUUCAACAUUCGCAGAGACCCUGGAGAGAGACACGACUUAUGGCAACGAGCAAACAAGAUCGCUACUUUGCUCACAAGUCGAUUACGUGGACUGUGGGCCCAGCAAAUGAGGAGAGGUCCUACUAACCUGGCACAGGCCUCCGACCCAGCAAAUUUCGGCUACCGCUGGAUGCCCUGGGUUGACAAUGAAAUCGGAAAUAUCACCGAAUUGUUCUCAACAAGGCCGAAAGCACAAAACAGAACUAAUAGAACUCAGUUCGGAAGAUUUUCUACAAUAUUCAACAAUAAUACGAGUAGAAACACGACAAUCGCGGGCCAAAUAAACUGUGAUGGUCCAAUGUAUAUUAGAAACUUUUUGUGUAUAUUAAGAAGUGUAUUCUAAUAUAUUUUUGUAGUUAGUCUUAGUAAUUAAGCAUUUAUGAGUAUUGUGAUACUUUGUUGUGAUUAUUUGAUUUGUAAAAUCCUGUAAAAAUACUUAUAUAUGUAUAUAGUUCUAUUGAAUGUGAAAUAUUGCGUGUUAUAGAAUGUUUCUGCUGCAAAGCCGAGCCAGGUUGCAUUAAGUUUGAAAUGAAUGUAAUAAAUCAUAAUAUUAAUUUUAUAUGUUAGGGUAGUGAAAAUUAAAAUUGUAUAGUGAGUAGAGUUCCUUUUACGUUUAAAACGUAUAGAGCCAUAGAGCAAUACGGACCAGCUAAGUAAAAUGUAAUGAAUUGAGAUAACCUCAUUCUACGAAUGAAACUCUUUGUGUACAAAAACUUUUCCAGUGCUACGGGAAUAUAGGAAAUAAAAAAAUAUAUAUCCAGAUUUGACAACGUAACUUACAGAAUGUUUAGAAUAUAAAAAACUUUUGUUAGGUAGGAUUUUUGUACAUCUUAAAUAUAUAUAAAGCGAUUAUUGUGAUAACUUGUUAUGAGUGUAACAUUUAAUUUAUUGAACACAUAUAUUAAUGUUUUAUUCGUGUUACUGGUCGUAAGUAAAACAAUGAUACCAUUUUAAA